GAUGCUGCGGUGACUGAUGCUUUCAUACCUGCCCCUUCCUGUGCUCUCUUGCAGGUCGCAGCGUUGGAGCGGCAGAUCUUUGAUUUCCUGGGCUACCAGUGGGCCCCCAUCCUGGCUAAUUUCCUACACAUCAUGGCCGUCAUCCUGGGCAUUUUUGGGACCAUCCAGUACAGAUCCAAAUACCUCAUGGUGUACGCGGUGUGGCUGGUGCUGUGGGUCGGCUGGAACGCCUUCAUCAUCUGCUUCUACCUGGAGGUCGGACGCUUGUCGCAGGACCGAGACUUCAUCAUGACCUUCAAUACCUCACUGCACCGCUCAUGGUGGAUGGAGAACGGGCCGGGCUGCCUGGUGACGCCGGUACUCAACUCCAACCUGGCGCCCGAGGACCAUCACGUCAUCACCGUCAGCGGCUGCCUGCUCGACUACCAGUACAUCGAGGUGGUGAGCAGCGCCACGCAGAUCUUUCUGGCGCUCUUCGGCUUUGUCUACGCCUGCUAUGUCAGCAAAGUGUUCCUGGAGGAAGAAGACAGCUUCGAUUUCAUUGGCGGGUUUGACUCCUAUGGCUACCAGGCGCCACAGAAGACAUCACACCUACUCCAGCCACUCUACACGUCCGGGUAA